AUGGGUAAAGACUAUUAUAAAAUUCUUGGUGUCGAUAAAAACGCAGACGAGGAAGAACUUAAGAAAGCCUAUAGGAAGCUAGCUCUAAAAUGGCAUCCUGAUAGACAUCAAGGUAGUGCAGAUAAAGAGGCUGCGGAAAAAAAGUUUAAAGAAAUUAGUGAAGCAUAUGAAGUGCUUAGCGAUAAAAAUAAACGCCAAAUUUAUGACACAUAUGGUGAAGAAGGUUUGAAAGGCGCUCCCCCGCCUGAUGCGAGUGGUGCAUUUCCCGGCGGUUUUCAAGGUUUUCGUCCCGGUGGUGCCACCUUUACAUUUAAAACAACAGGUCCCGGCGGUUUUGGUGGUUUCACCCCUACUGAUCCAAAUUCCAUCUUCAACCAAUUCUUUUCUCAGUUUGGAAGUGCUGACGAUGAUGAUCCUUUUGGUCAAUUUACUUCGUUUACGAGAGGUCGAUCUGCAAGUGAUUUUGGUGACAUAUUCGGUCGAUCUCGUGGCGAGGGAAGAGGUUCAUCUGAAGUCAAACAUCAUUUACCCUUUACACUUGAGGAACUAUAUAAAGGAAUUACAAAAAAACUCAAAGUCUCCCGAAAAUUAUAUGAUAGCGCAUCGGGUCAACAAAUUCCCACAGAUAAAAUCAUAGAAGUUAAUGUUAGACCAGGGUUAAAAGCUGGAACAAAAUUCCGAUAUAGUAAAGCUGGAGAUGAGUUACCAUCUGGUGAAACACAAGAUAUUGUAGUAGUUGUAAAUGAAAAACCGCAUUCGAUAUUUACUCGUGACAAUGAUGAUCUACGUGUUGUCAUAAAAUUAUCUUUACUAGAGGCUCUUGUAGGCUUUAAGAAACAAAUCCAAACACUGGAUGGUAGAACUCUAAAUAUAUCAAGCAGCUCAGUUAUAAAGCCGGGUCAAGAGCAGAGGGUUCCAAAUGAAGGAAUGCCGACAAAAGAUCAGAAUAAAAAAGGCGAUCUAAUUGUAAAAUAUGAAAUUAUGUUCCCUUCAAGAUUAACUGAAGAUAAAAAGAAAGAACUCAAGAGAAUUCUUUCCGAUGUCUAA